CACACCCUGCGUCGGCUACUAAGUAAACCGCGGCUAGAGGGCGCGCACGUGGGCGGCUGUCCGCAUGGAGGCGGCAGCGGCGGGAUGUCGCGGCCCGGGGCUGGCGCUCUGCGGAGCUCUCAUGGCUGUCAGCGGCGGGAGCCGCUUCCUAGCAGCUCACUACCAGGAGCCCAGUGUUGAUGAUCUUUUCAUGUAUGACAGCAUCACUGCAGGCAAGAAGUCUCAAGAAGACAGAGGACAGGAUGGACAGCCAGCAGUUAAAGCAAGCGAUGAUAUUCUUGCUUUUGCCUUCUCCUCAUCAGGAGGCUAUUUUGCUUUGACUGAUGACAACAAACGUCUGGUUCUUUUUCGUACUAAGCCUUGCUGGGAAUGCCUUAGUGUCAGGUCUGUUGUUAGAAGAUGCACAUCUCUGAUUAUUACAGCUGCAGAGGAUAAGAUUCUGGUUGCAGACAAGUCUGGUGAUGUCUAUUCUUAUUCAAUAACAGAACCCCAAAAAGCUGGAAAGAUUGAGCUUGGGCACUUGUCCCUGCUCUUGGAUGUGGCGCUGAGUCCUGAUGACCAGUAUAUCCUAACUGCGGACAGAGAUGAGAAGAUUCGAGUCAGUUUGACUAGAGCGCCACAUAACAUCAUAUCUUUCUGUCUUGGGCACAGAGAGUUUGUAAGCAGAAUAUUUGUAAUACCAAACCAUCCAGAUCUUAUGCUAUCAGCUUCUGGGGAUUGUACUCUGAGGCUUUGGGAAUACAAAAGUGGGAAAGAAGUGCACUGCUGUCAUCUAAACAGUUUGAAUAAGACUGAGGCAACCAAAAAUGACAAGAAAUACGCCGUGUCGAGAAUAGCCUAUUGUUGUCAAGGAAAUUACAUUGCCAUUUUAUGUGACUGUAUUCCCACAGUUUACAUCUUCCAGUUUGAUGCUGCUACCCAGCUGUUAAAUUACAGACACCAAAUCUCUUUGAAGCAUAAAGGCUGGGACAUUGCAUUUGAGGAAACAGGUGGGCUGUGGAUACUGCAGGAAGACAAAGAAGCAUCACUUCUACUCUACCGGCCUGUGGAUGGACAUUGGCAGCCUGUUGCUGAUGACAGAGGAUUAAUGAAAAUGUCAAAAUACCUGCAUGACAACUGGACAAUGUUCGAAGGUUCUGUUGGGACAGAAAGUUGCUACAGCAGUCUUUACAAGGCCUCAUUCGACAACAUGGCUAUUUAUCUACAAAAGAAAGAGGAAAGACUACAGCAGCAGCAGAAGAAGAAAAGAAAAGAGCUGCAGCAUGAAUCUAAUAGACAAACUAAAAAGAUCAGAACAAGAGAAUCAUCCUAACCAUUAACUACACCAUUUGCUUGUAACUUCUACAACACUGAAAGAAACCGAUCUAGGCCCUGAACUUUUUUUUUUUAAAGCAAAGUGAAUGACUGACAAACAUCAGCAUUCAGUUUGCAUGUCAGAUAGGGAAUGGCUUUAAUGAAUCAGGUUAAUUUUCUUGUAAUGACAAUAUCCUGCUUGCAACAGAUACUGUAUUUACUGUACAUAUUGUUCCUUGCCAUUUGUUCUAUCCCAGCAGUUGGAAAACUUAGUGCUGGUAAUGCAGUUUUAGUAAUCUGAAGCACAUUAUCUUCAUAUUGAGAUAGUGCUUUACUUGGAGAAUGGGAUUUCUCUCAUCUACUGGACUCCACAUAUAACCUACUUUGGGGCUGGUUUCCAAAAGAAGAAAGUGUGAUAAUUAGAAGUUGACACCAAGUAUUUUAGUUUUUGUUUUAGACAGUUCGUUUAAUAUGGCAGCCUAUAAAAGGAUAAUCAUGAAAAUUAGUCUCUUGAAAUUUUUUUUUUAAAUACAAUAUAUAAGGCUGUAACUGGCAGGCCUUUGUCAAUUUAUUUUUAUGCUUAAACUACAGAUUUUGUUAUGCAUUCUGUGUUAGUACUUAAUCCAGCACUAUUUACUCAGAGCAGUGCAGGAAUAGAUUUCACAUACUCUAAAGCAGCAAAAGGUGUCAACCAAACCCCAAUGCCAUGUGAAGAAGACUGGUUUGCUGCAUUCUGACUUUUCAGCUUAUCUGUAGAAAUGGUUUCAGAGGACCCAGUUUAAUACUAUCUUGUGUGUUCCGCUUUUUGCGACAAAAGUUUCAUUUGAUGCUAGCUAAGACAUAAAAAUCUUGACUCACAGUUGAGAGAAUCUUAUGGCCUUAGUUGUUACUUCAUCACAUACGUUUAUUUAAUGGUAGAGGAGAACUAUAUCUAUAUCAGAAUACAACUUAUCUUCAUGGAAUACACUGUACUUCAGAUGGGAUUGUAAAGCUGGGUGUAUAAAUCUGAAUGAUCCAUUAAAACUAUGAGAAACUAUGAACUGAAAA